ACAAAAUUUUCAUAAAUGCAUGGAUGAAGCAUAUAAUACCGAAGGUAUUGUAGGAUGUCUUGUAACUGAUAAAUCUGGACUUUGUCUGGGAGUUAAAGGAAAUGCAUCGAGUGAAAGUGCUGGAGUUCUUGCAGCAAUGGCUGAUGUUGUAACAAAAAUAGAACCUAGUUCCAAACCUCCAAUAAUUUCAUUUCAAAAUGAAGCAAGACAUUGCCUUAUACAUCAAGAAGGACCUAUCAUUGGAGCUAUAUUUAAAGCUACUUCUAUUUAAGUAUUUAAAUGUAGUUUUUAUUAGUUGUUUAACAAACCAUUAAUUUUUUUUU